UUUGGAGCCAUUUCUUGUAGAGUGUCUUCUCAAAUUUGCCCAGACUGAUUCACCAAAAAACAAAAGAUCUUUGAUUUCUUUGUAAUUCUUCCUAGUUGUACUCUGAUCGACAGACGCAUGCUAAUGGCUUACGCUGCUGUAACUUCACUUAUGGAAACACUUUCUCUACAUUUCUUGCAAUCACAACCACGCUUGCCUCUUCACGAUUUAGAGGCACAGAUGAGAGAUGGCAAUGAAAAUCUUGGCUUGCUGCAGCAAAUUCUUGAGGAUAUGGCAGUGGAAGUGGACAAAGCGUCUGGGUCUUCAAAUGGAAAUGAAAAUCUUAGAUGUAUAAAGGCUUGCCUCCCCAGCAGGCUUCAUGGAGUAAAACAGACUGAAUAUUACCCCAAGAAGAAGAAGAUGAUUAAAAGUGAAAAGCAGCUUGCAGAGAGUUCAUCACAAAAUGAAAGAAUCGCUAAUGCUGGGGAUAGUAUACUAUUGAGUUCUCGGCUAAGAGAGGUGGGUGAAGUCAAACAAAAGAUGGUCUCUCUCCAUCAAAAUCUUGGUUUCCUCCAAGAAAGUCUUGAAAAAUCUGAGAUCUGUUAUGAUAAUGCGGGGGCGAUGAAAGAUGUAGAGGCAGAGAUGAGAGAUGUAUUGUUCAAAGCCGAAGAAAGGAUUGAGAUGGAGUUGACUACCAUUUAUCUAGCAAAGGAUACUCGUCUUCAUAUAACAGCUUGCGUGCUCAGGCUUCAUGAAAUCUUCAUUGAAGCAGAAAAACAGACUGAUUACCUCAAGAAUGAGUUGAUGAUUAGGACACAAAAUGAAACAAUCACUGAUGAUGCUUCACUCUUUGGUCGGAUGCGACGAAGAGGACUACUGCUUGUGAAAGGAUUAGCACACAAGAACACUACUGUGAGUAAAUUUUCCAAAAGUGCAUCAAAUUUGGACAAUAGAAUGGUGGGAUGCCAUGAGGUGUUCAUGACGAUAUUGGAUAAGCUCAUGCAACAAUCAACUAAGGGGAGACAAGUUGUUUCCAUUGUUGGCAUGAGAGGAAUAGGCAAGACCACUUUAGCACACAAACUUUAUGAAGAUCCAUCAGUUACUUCUUAUUUCGACAAGCGAGCAUGGGUUACUGUAUCCUAAGAGUAUAACUUGGAACGAAUGCUCCGGUGCCUUAUUGGUUGUGUUAUUGCAGCAUCAAGAGAUGAACUCCAUGAACAGAGCAAUGACCAAUACCAAUUAGCAGAAAGGUUGUAUAAUGUUUGAAAGGUCAGAGAUAUUUGAUAGUGAUCGAUGAUAUAUGGAGUACUACUGCUUGGGAUAGUCCUAAAAGAUGUUUUCCAGAUGAUAAUAAUGGAAGUUGUAUACUAUUGACUUCUCGGCUCAAAGUGGUGGCUAAAUAUGCUAGCUCAGGUAACUCUACCAUUAACAUGCCUUUCUUAGAUGCCGAUGAUAGUUGGAGUCUCUACUGCAAAGUGUUUGGUAAAAUUAAAUUCCCUUUAAUGUUUGAGCAAAUUGGUAGAGACAUAGUAAAGAAAUGAGAAGGAUUACCUCUAGCUAUUACUAUAGUAACUAGUCUUCUCUCCAACACACAGGAGGA